AUGAAGGCAGUCGCAACUACAUCGUCGUUAUCUCGUUCGGCGAGCACCUUUGAUACGGAUGUGGAGGCUUUGAGGAAGAAAGAUAUUCCUGCUCCGAACUAUCUGCGUAGCUUUGCGAAACCAUUUCUUGUUGGGCCUGAUGUAUUUGAGUUUUUAUAUUGGCUCUGUACAUGCAGAUAUUAUCACCGUCCACUCCAAAAUCGCUUCCUGUAUCUGCUUGGAUCCACAUCCUCGCUCUUGAUGAAAGCAGGAAUUGGUAGAGCGACAACUUUGUUGGUUGCUGAUGAGGCUCCAACGAAUUCAUUGUUGACGGACGAGCUGUGGAUACAUCACCCGAAAGCACGCGAGCUUAUAGUUGAGUUUGCGAACAGUAUUCUGUGA